AGAUGAUUUAACUUGUUUGGAGCUGAUGUGAAAAAAAAUGAUGCAGCAUUUUUUUAUACUAAUGCUUUACCUUUUAAAGUGCAGCUCAGAUAAUGGAAACAUCGUGACUCAGAAUCAUCUGAAGAUUGUUCAAGCUGGAGACAGAGUUAACUUCACCUGUAUUUUUUCAAAAGAGUCAAGAACCACUGUUGCUUGGGUCAAACAAAGAGCUGGAGAGAAACCCCUUUUAAUCACUUCAUCAUAUCUAGCUUUACCUGCCGUUAUUGAAAAUGACUUUGACAAACAUAAUCGCUUUUUUGUAACAAAAGAUGCUGGCAGUUUUAAUCUAAGCAUCACAAAUGUAGAAGAAUCAGACACUGCAACAUACUAUUAUAUUAAAUAUAUAUACAAGUUCACAUUUGGGCAAGCCACAGAUCUCAUUGUUAAAGGCAGACACCUGAACAUGCAGUCUGACCAUCAGACAGCUGUGCUAGAUCCAGUGCAUCCAGAAGACUCUGCAGUGGGACUUCAGUGCACUGUCCUCACUCAGAGCUGUGCAGGAGAACACAACGUCUACUGGUUCAGACGUGAAUCUGGAGAAUCUCCUCCAGGAAUGAUAUUCACUCAGGAGCGCAGGAACGCUCAAUGUGAGAGGAGCUCUGAUGUGAACUCUACUGCACACAAAUGUAUCUACAGCCUGCCCAAGAGAAACCUCAAUCACUCUGAUGCUGGGAUUUACUACUGCGCUGUGGCUGCAUGUGGACAGAUACUGUUUGGAGAUGCAAGAAAACCUGAUUUGCCUAGUCCAGAUAAACCAUGGAGCACAAUUACCCUAGUUUUAGCAUCUGCAAACUGUUUAUCUGUGAUUGUGAUCAUAAUUCUGGGUUCACAGUUGCACAUGCACUGGCAAAAAGAUGGAAUCCCCUACAUUGUGCUGGAUAAAUCAAUGGCUGAUGUCACCACUACUGUACAUUAUACAGUGUUUCACAAACGUCUUUAACAUUUAGAAGACUUGAAAUAA